CUACUUAAUGAAUCUUUUAAACUUCAGAAAACUAUUUAUUUGGGAUUUUCUGCAUUGUAGCUUAAUCAUUAUUCUGGCUUAUCAAAAAAAGUCACAAUGACCUUUUAUUGCUGCAUUUUGUACCUCUGCUGGCUUCACUGAAGGUCUGUUUGGAACACAAUGUGAGAUCAGUGCUUGGGAAAAAUAACCUUCAUGUUGUGGGAUAAUAAAGGUCUGCAUCUGCAAUAAAAUGAACAAUCCUGGGACCGUCUGAGAAUCACUGACUCAAUGGAAGAUGUGAGGCAGAGAUGGUCCCCUCUGCAGACCAACUGCAGAGCUCUGGAAGUCACUGCAUUUCUGGAGCUGCUCCUCAUGCCCUGCAACAUGGCAUUAGUGAUUGUCCAGAAGCAUUCGUGGCAUUUCAGGAAAAGUUCAAGUGAUAAACGUGCUCAGCACAGACGUUGUCUUGCUCCUGUCAAAGUGACAGUGCUGCAGCAGAGGGCUCUACUGUGCAUGGAGGGUAUGAGGGGGCUUUGUGAGCGGUGCUGCUGCUUUCUGAGAGCUCUACAUUGUAAAACUCUCUCUUUGGUCAGCCUGGUGUUUUAAAGCAAGGGGCUCGAAGAAACAGUUUUGAGAAUAGUCCUCACUAAUUGCUGCAAAUCAUUUGAUAUAGUUUAUUUUAAAUCUGUGGCUGGCAUUUAGAUCCCUUCUUCGCUCACCAAUGUUGUAUGUUUGUUCUUUUUUCUUCAUUGGAACAUCACCCAUAGAGCAGGUGAUGACUCCUUAUCUUGGCCAGGUUUUGUCAUUCAUUCUUUGUCAUGCACUUUCAGACUCCAAAGACUCAGAAAGUCCCAUAAGAAAGCAGGUUGGGUGCUAGGCCCCCUCCCAGGGGGCUGGUGGGCCGUUCUUUGCUGUCCAUCACAUCACUCUCUUUAAUUUUUUACUUUUCUGCCAGCCUGAGGCAAGCUCUGGUGCCAGGUGGGGUGGGAGCAGCCAGGAACAGUGGGGAAAUCAGUGCUCCAUGUAGAAGUAUCAGUUGUGUGUUCUGUCUUCUCUCUCUGCCUUUGACACUCCUGGCCUUCUUGUCAUUAAAGCAGGCUUGAAAAAUAGCUUAUGCAGAGGGCAGCAGGCAGCUCCUUGGGCCGUCUUUUCUCUCCUGUGCUAACAGGAGCCAAGAUUCCCCCAUUUAUUAUAAUUACGUGAACAAUACUAAUGAUUGUCAGUAAAUAUAUUUUUGGUCUAGACUGUGCCCUUGCAAUCUGUGCUCAGCUUCUCUGGGCACCAAUAUUUGCUCAAUCCAGUGCUUGCUCUGAGAACAAAUCCCUCUGCUUGCUGCCAGAGCUCUGACCUCCUCUGAUUGAUUGACCUGGGGAGCAGCUCCCUCCUCACAGUGGGGUAUAAAAAAGGGACUUCACAGGAAAUGAGUGUUAUUGGACUCAGGGCCAGCUGGAGCCAUGAGGGCCAUACUGCUGACUGUGGUUUACAUCCCCUUCACCAUGGCCUUGCAACGAGUCCCACUUGUUCGAUUCAAAUCUAUCAAGACACAACUUAAAGAAAAGGGAGAAUUGGAGGAAUUCUGGAGGAAUCAUCACCCUGACAUUUUUGCUCGGAGACACCUGUAUUGCUUCCCUCCAGAUCUCACUUUGUCAGUAGGAACUGCUUCAGAAAGGCUGUAUGACUACAUGAACGCACAGUACUACGGCGUCAUCAGCGUUGGCACACCGCCUCAGAGCUUCACCGUGGUGUUUGACACUGGCUCCUCCAAUUUUUGGGUCCCUUCAGUUUAUUGCAUCAGCGAAGCAUGCAGGGUGCACCAGAGGUUCAAGUCCUUUCUGUCAGAUUCAUACGAGCACGGUGGGGAACCCUUCUCCCUGCAGUAUGGCACUGGGCAGCUUCUGGGCAUUGCGGCCAAGGACACGCUGCAGAUCAGUAACAUCUCCAUCAAGGGACAGGACUUCGGCGAGUCGGUGUUUGAGCCAGGAAUGACCUUUGCCCUUGCCCACUUUGACGGCGUCCUGGGCUUGGGUUACCCCUCCCUAGCAGUGGGCAAUGCUCUGCCUGUGUUUGACAGCAUCAUGAACCAGAAGCUGGUGGAGGAACCAGUCUUUUCCUUCUACCUGAAGCGGGGAGAUGACACUGAGAAUGGUGGUGAGCUGAUCCUGGGGGGCAUAGACCACUCCCUCUAUAAAGGCUCAAUUCACUGGGUCCCAGUCACUGAGAAGAGCUACUGGCAGAUACAUCUGAACAAUAUAAAGAUCCAGGGUCGGGUGGCAUUUUGCUCCCAUGGCUGCGAAGCCAUCGUUGAUUCUGGCACUUCUCUUAUCACCGGUCCCUCGUCACAAAUCAGGCGAUUACAGGAGUAUAUUGGGGCAAGUCCGUCGCGUUCUGGAGAGUUUCUUGUAGACUGCAGAAGACUGUCCAGCUUGCCCCACAUCAGCUUCACCAUUGGGCAUCAUGAAUACAAGCUGACAGCAGAGCAAUACGUCGUGAAGGAGUCCAUCGAUGACCAAACCUUCUGCAUGAGCGGCUUCCAGUCUCUUGACAUCCCAACUCGCAGUGGUUCGCUCUGGAUUUUAGGAGAUGUCUUUAUGUCUGCCUUUUACUGCAUUUUUGACCGUGGGAAUGAUAGAGUGGGAUUUGCAAAAUCUGCUCACAGGGACGAUUAUUAGUGAAUUGUAAUAGCAUUCGUUCUGCAUCAGAAUAGAUGCUGAUAUAAUGAUUUUGAGCAGACCUGUGAAAAAGGAGUAAAGGUGAAACUGAACCAGAAUACAGACCUCCUCCUCAAGUUUUAAGUACUCGGGGCAAUCCUUGUCCCAAAUUACACAGUUUGAUUCAAUAUCUAUAUACUUACAACUGAGAUACAUGCACUUCCUGAAUAACUGGUGAACACCACAGCUGUCGAUGAAGAGAGCUCAUCUCAUCAUGUCGUGCAGCUCUGCAAGAGGGCAGGAAGGAUGAAAAUGCUGAACAGCAUAAGACUGAGAGUAUAGCAGUUAGAAAUGAGUGAAGCUAAUCUCAGGCUGGUUUGUUUUUUUUACCAUUUUUUAUUCCUGUGUGUCAUUUCCAUCUAAUUUCCCUAUUGACUUCAUUUUUCUCAUUGUGCUUUUGUUUUGGCAAUUUUGUCUCCUUCCUGCCGUGUACAUUCUGUUGGGUUUGCUCCAACCAAUUCAUAUGGAAAGGAGUGAUCCCUGAGUGAUCACCACGCUUUCUGACACUUUCUUGCAGAUAGCUUACAGCUCUCUCAAACCUGCUCUUCUCCUAGGUUUGUUCUCUUGACUUUUUACUUCUCCUCCUCUGGGUCUUGGUAUUCAAUGUCACUUGAUUCUGAUCUUCUGGGUUCAGGGUAUCUAUUUGCAUUGCAAAAACCACACUGCAGUCCACACAAGGGGACUUGCUGAACUUACUACAGUUGAUUGAGCCAAAGAAGAUUUACCUGAAUGAUACCUACUGGAAUAUUUGUUUUGAUUGUUAAAACCACUGCUGCCUCUGUACAUGUGAAUAAAACUUAGCCAAAUGAAUUCUGCUUUGGACUCAAUGCUGCCUUGGUUUUUGUUUCCUUGCAGUGGCUCCUGCCAUGCCAGGGAGGUUGAGAGGGGGUUGAGAGGAUCAGCAGCAAUUAAACAUACAGGUUGCUUGGAAAUCUAGGGGGGAGAGAUAGGACACACUUGUACUGCUCUUCUCUCCCCAGACCUGAAAUACCUGUGUGUGGAAAGCCUCAAGCGAGGCUGGUGAGAAAGGCCAUGACUUGAAGGCCUGUACGUGAAGGAUCAAAUUCUCUCCAUCAGGCCCAAAUGGUGUGUUAUCUCUCCCCUCCCCUCACAGCUGGGCCUGAUGUGAGGUGGGGCCAGGAGGGAGGUUACAAUGGUGGUAUAUAUGGAUAGUAUUCACCUUUGGUGGUGUUGGAGCAGUCUCAGCACCAGGCAUUGGGUACAGACUUGGUAACAUGGACCGGGACUAACUGAGUGGAGCCCAUGGCCUGGGCACAGCUGUAGGGCAACUAGGAACCCAUGCAGCUUUGGUGACCCUGGAAUAGAGACUGACAGCCAUGAGGAGGUGUCUGGAUGAGCUCUGCACACAGGCAGCACAGUGUCUGCUGGGGUCUUGGCAGGGUUACCAUCAUGGGCCUGAGAUUUAAGGCUUCAGCUGUAAGGCUUGUUAAGUAUUAACAGAGUGGGUUGGUUUGUGUGUAGGUAUCUCAGAGGUGCUGAUUUUGCCUUCAGAUAGGAAAUAUUUUCUCUCUCUGGUGUGUGUUUUUACAACUCUAUAUUUGCAACUACAUUAUGUUGGACUUUUCAUACCACAGCUAUCAGCCUACAGCAAUAGCAACUCAUUUGCCACUUAUUUCUUUUGUGGGAAAGUUUAAACUGUAUGAAUUUAGCAUUUAUCUCAUGCCUCCCAUGCCUUAUCUCCUCCUUGUGCAUAUCAUCCUUAGAGAAGAAUGACCAUAAGAAAACU